AUGCCCAAAGGCCAGUCUGAAGAUGAGAUGUUCUCCUGCUUCACCGACACCCACGGUGUAAUCACCAGCACCAUGAACGACAUCCCGGGCUACAAGGUCAAAAAAGUCCUAGGCACAGUUUACGGACUCACCGUGCGAUCGCGCAACUUGGGCGCCGGCCUGGGUGGCGUAAUGCGCUCGAUGGCCGGCGGCGAGAUUCGCAUCUUUACAAAAAUGCUGUACAACGCGCGAAAUGACGCCGCAGAAAGAUUAGUCGGAGAGUGCAUGUCGAGAGGCGGAAAUGCACUCGUGGCAAUUAGAUUCGACAUUGCUGACAUGGGUGCCAUGACGCAGGUAUGCGCGUAUGGCACCGCUUGCGAGGUGGAGAAGAUUGACCAGGCUUGA